AUGGGGAAGAAGAGGGUGGUUCAAGCGGGUCCAUCAUCUCCCCGGAUCUUAAGAAGCACGAGGCGGCCUGUUGCGGAUGAUGCGAGUCCAUCAUCACCACCUAUUCAAAGAAAUGUGAGGAUGGAUAAUGUUGGUGCAACGAGUUCUUCACAACCACCUCGUGAGAGGAGACAAGAAGUAAGGUGGUUGGAAGAAGUUGGAGAUGAGGUAGCUGAAGAUGAAGAAGAAGAGGAAGAAGGCAGCGAAGAGGAUGAGGCUGAAGAAGAAGAAGAGGGUGAUGAUAUAGGUGAGGUACUCGAUGCACGUUUGGGUUUAGAUGAGCGUUUAGGGGCGAUCGAAUCUAGUGGAUCUGAGCUUAAGAAGGACCAAGAAUAUCUGAAGCGUAAGAUGAAAAGUAUGCAUCGAACAAUAAAGGCAGUUUUGUUUUGUGUAUAG